CGAAUUCGCAUUUGUUUUGAUUGCAUCAAAAACAGAUGGUGAAAUUCAGAGAGCGAGGAAGAGAAUAACAAAAAAUAAAAACAAGAAAAGAUUGCUGGUGCUAACUAAAUAAAAUUCAUUUUGACAAAUGUCCGGUUACAUUGACGAGCCAGAUAGCAUGUUGUCGUUGCCACGGGUAGCAUUCAUAGCAUGCGGUUGCUUCAGCCCCCCAACGCCGAUGCAUCUCCGGAUGUUUGAAAUUGCUCGUGAUUACUUUGAGAUAAAUGGCACGCACAAAGUUGUGGGCGGUAUCAUUUCGCCUACGCAUGAUUCCUAUGGCAAGAAAGGACUGGCGCCCUCCCUGGAUCGUUGUGCCAUGGUCAAGUUGGCGGUGCAGUCAUCCAGCUGGAUACGAUUGUCGGACUGGGAAGUGCAUCAGCCGCAAUGGAUGCGCACACAAGCCGUGCUCCAACAUCAUCAAAACUAUCUGAACAACUAUAUCAAUUCCCCAGGAGAUGAGGAGCAAAAUGGUCCGCUGCCAGGUUGGCUGCCACUCGGAUUACGGGAUCGUAAGGAUCCAAUACGUCUGAAGCUGCUGUGCGGUGCCGAUUUGCUCGAAUCCUUUGCAGUGCCUGGACUGUGGGCCCAAGAGGAUAUUGAGGAGAUUGUUUCCAACUAUGGACUAGUAGUGAUUACACGCUGUGGCUCCAAUCCGGAAAAGUUUAUAUUUGAAUCUGAUGUGUUAACCAAAUACCAGCGCAAUAUAACGCUGAUUACCAACUGGGUGCCCAAUGAGGUGAGCUCAUCGCUGGUGCGUCGUCUGCUGGGACGCGGCGAGUCUGUGAAAUAUCUGCUGGACGACUUGGUGCUCAACUAUGUGAUGCGUCAGGGCUUGUAUAAUGUGAAAUCAAAGCUUUCAACUUGAUACGUACACUGAAGAGGCUUAGUUAGAGCCACGAACACCCCACAUCUCGCGACUCACGUCACACACACAUGCCACAUCUGCCACCACUUUGGUAUCAUGCACACCGCCAACCAACUGUUUGUAUCCUCUCUCUUUUGCAACACAUUUGAAGGCAGCAGGAUGACAGCACAACGCUCAAGCAUCCAAAAGCUUGACACUGUCGCACUUUGCACCACGUUGUCGACUCGGAGUCGCAACACCAGCAACAGCAGCAGCAGCACCAACAGCAACUUCCUCAUCGCCACCAGCAGCAAUAUCCACAGCCACAAGACCAGCAAGCAUGGCAUCUUUUCAUGGAGUGUGAGUGAGCAAAAAAACCGAAAGAAAGAAACACAUAUAGAAAUGUUCUGCAGUUUUUGUUGCUCAAUUUCUGUUGCUGUUGCAUGUAAAUAUAUAUCUAUAUACGAAACUUCCUUUCUAAAAAUAUAUUAAGCACACCUGUGUAGAUAUUAGAUAUAGCAAAUAUCUGGUGUCCAUUUAGAUAUUCCAGUGUACGUAUCAUCAUUCUCAAGUUGCACAUAAUUAAGUUGAAUUCCCUUCUUAACAUAAGCUAUAAUCUGUUGUUGUUGUUGUUGUCGUUGUUAUACUGACACGCAUUCAUUACGUCGCUGUUUUUUGGGAUCGUAGUAAGUAUAUAACGGAUGCACUGCGUCC